UUACAGUCCGCUGUGUGCAGGGUAGUAAAACUCUUCCGACGUAGCAUGACCAUACUUUGGUAUCAGUUCCUCAAUGUAAGCUAACUGCCCCAUAGUACGGCGCCAGUAAACGCAUAGUAUUGUAUACAUUUCCUCUGGCCGAGUACCGUCUUCGAAGUGCUUCUUUACUUCGUUACGGCGCACUUGCAUCGCUGGAUUACACAGACCCGCAUUAUAAACCCAAUUAUGUUCCGCUCUCCAACCCACGAUGGAGAUGAAAGUCCCAGCUCCUCCGUAUUUGACCUCCCCGUACAGCCCUCCACUAAUUCUACUAAACCCGUUCUUCAAAGGCUGCGGACUAUCUCAGACACUGAUGUUCACUCCGAAUCUCCACCCCAAGUCGUCGUUAUAUCGGGAGGGUCUGGCGGCAACGCUAUCUGCAACGCUUUCGACAAUGCGUGUUUCGCCCUCCCUGUCUCUGACGACGGCGGGUCCUCGAGUGAGAUAAUUCGCGUUCUGGGUGGCCCUUCAAUAGGUGACAUCAGGUCCAGGCUGGUGCGCCUAAUACCGUCUGCCCGUCCGUCUUCAGUUCUAUCUGCUAUUCGGGAAAUACUGUCGUAUCGACUUCCCGCUAACGUGUCCGAACGGGAGGCUCGUGAUGAGUGGAGGGACAUUGUCGAAGGACGCAGUCCUCUAUGGGCAGGCGUCCCGAACGACCGCAAAGAAACUAUACGAGGUUUCCUUGUGCAUUUCGAAGGUGAGGUCCUCAAACGAGCACACAAGAAUUUCUCAUUUCUCAACGGAAGCAUUGGAAAUUACUUCCUAUCUGGUGCACAGAUGUUCUUCCGAUCUCUGCCUUCGGCUAUUUUCCUGUUCUCAUCUAUCACAAACAGCCAGGCAAACAUUCUCCCUGUCAUAGUCACCAACCACACGGUGACUAUCGCCGCAGAGCUUGAAAACGGCGCAAGGCUUGUGGGACAAUGUGAAAUAUCACAUCCGGUAAACCCGUCGCCGUCUUUCGAAGAAGACGAUCCGAAUGAGCAGCUUUUUUCUCCUCUCGAUGGCAUGGCGUCACCUGUUCCCCACCGAUCAAACGUGAUGUAUAGCCAAGACAAUAAGGAACGCGGUUACGAACCUUUGAAGUCCCGAAUAUGGAGAUUGUAUUACAUCAAUGCCUACGGUCAUGAAGUCCAUCCCACGCCGAACCCUGAGUACAUCAAAAACUUGUCUACUGCCGAAGCUCUCGUGUAUUCCUGUGGUUCGUUUUGGACGAGCAUCGUCUCGUGCUUAGCGCUCCGUGGCGUUGCUUCUGCGAUAGCACGAUCUAGGUUCCUGCGUGCCAAAAUCUUCCUCCUAAAUGGGAGAAAUGAUAGGGAAACGGAUGGUUACACCGCCGUUGACUAUGUCAGGGCCAUUGUUUCCGUUUUGAAUUCACCCUAUCAGAAGCCGCCUCACGGCCUGGGAAACGUACAGACGAUCUACCCCAUAUCGGCGUUCAUUACUCAUCUUGUUUACUUGGAGAACACAAGCAUCGCUAUUGACAAAGAGGAGUUGACAGCACUGGGUGUGCAGUGUGUGGGGGUCAAAGGAGUGAAGGCAGACGGUGCCCAGUACGAUGACGAUGUUGUCAGGAAAGCCGUCUGUCGUAUUUUAGCAUAGUGACAGACUUGUGAC